CGCAAAAGACAGAGCUCCUUUAAAGUUGAAAGAAUGCCACCCGUGCGUCGUUCUAAGCGGGUCGCCGCUCCAUCAGCCGUUUUGCGAGAGUCUGUUCAGAACCAACCAACAACAUCUCGCCGAACUCGAAGUUCGCCCAAUGCUGUAUCUGUUGGUGCCACCCCGUCAACGUCAACUGUGCCCGUGAGUGAUGUGGCUUUGCCCUCUUUUUCGAGUGAGCUUAUCUCAACACUGGUGUCUUCGGUUACCGAGGCAGUCACGCAAAAGUUAGCUGGCUUCUUACCAACCUCUGCGUCUUCAACAUCCACAAUGGCGUCUGCCCCAACAGAUUCUACCUCUGGAAUCGAAAUCUCAAACCAGGGUCCCAAUGCAGAUUCUCUGGUCAACGACGCGCUCACGUCCAUACAAGAAAACCUUACAGGUCAGACCACUCCUUUUUCUCUUCCAUGUUCAAGUGCUUCGGGUCCACGGGAAUCGUUCCACUCUGCCGCUUUGCCUCUUGAUGCGCGGAUUCCGGAUAAAAUAAAGUUUAAAAUAUGGAAUGAGGAGUUUGUCGAUAUAAGUACUUUGUCAGGUGGCCCAGACGCGGCCGCUAAAUACGAGAUUAGUGUACGGACCUCUGACAACGGUCAACCUGCUUCUUUCUUCUUGAGCCGGCUGCGAAAUCCAAAAGGGUCAAAACUAUUAGCGAUUGGCUUCGUUCGUUUCAUAUUUUUGUUUCCAUUUAUACACAACGGUACCCUCAUGAGUCCCCCGCGCUCAUGA